AUGUUCGACCUUCACCCCCAUGCAUCGCAGCCCGUCAGACGUGCUCCCACUCACCUCGACUUCAAGCUUGGCCGAAACGGAAAGGGGCUCCCUCCUUCCCUCGAAGCGAACCAUGAUGACUACCUCGUCGAGCUCACAGGCGACGACGACCCCGCGAACGCAAAAUCAUGGCCGAUAAGGAGGAAGUUGCGGACCGCCGUCGUACUAGGAUUCGAUACUCUUAUCGCCUCGUGGGGAUCCUCGGUUUACUCCGCAGCAGUUCAGCCCGUGGGCAAGGAGUUCCACGUCGGGACCGUCGUGUCACUUCUCGGACUCACAUUAUACAUUUGUGGCUUUGCUACAGGGCCAUUGGCUUUCGCGCCUCUUUCGGAGCUUUAUGGCAGGAAACUUCCAGUUACUGGCGCUUGCUUUGUUUUCACAUGCUUCAUGUUUGCCGCAGCGACCGCAAAGGACUUCCAGACAUUGAUGCUCACGAGAUUCUUCGCAGGAGUCUUUGCGUCAUGCCCGCUUGCUGUGGUGGGAGGUGCGUUUUCGGAUCUGUUUGGAAACGAAACGAGGGGAAUUGCUAUUGCGGCUUUCUCAUCCCUUGUUUUCAUCGGACCGUUCAUCUCUCCAAUUGCAGGAGCAUUUAUCACGCAAAGCUAUCUCGGCUGGCGAUGGACUGAGUAUAUUACUGGCAUUAUGGGCGCCCUAGCCUUCGUGUUGGAUCUGUUUAUUAUGGAAGAGACAUACGAAAGGACCCUUCUGCAAAGACGAGCCGGCUACUACAGGACCGAAACGCAGAAUUUCGCCAUCCACCAUAUAUCAGAGGUAUACAUUUUCUGCGUUCCCUUUCAUGUUUCAGAAGUUAUGAGACACUAUGAACAAGCCCCCAAUAUGGAAGAAGUCGUUGAUGUCAAGGACCUAUUCAACAAACAUCUCUCGCUCCCACUCAAACUCCUCUUCCUAGAACCUAUCGUAUUCCUCAUUACCCUCUAUACAGCUUUCAUCUACGGAAUUUUGUACCUAUUCUUGGAAGCGUACCCAAUUGUGUUUGCUGAAAAGCGAGGCAUCAAUGAAGCUGUUGCUACGCUGCCAUAUAUCGGUCUCGUUAUUGGUGUUCUUGUUGGCUCCGGAAUUGUGAUAGCAUUUGAGCCGCGUUAUAACCGUAAACUGAAAGCAAAUAACAACAUACCCGUUCCGGAACAGCGCCUCUUGCCAAUGAUGCUCGGCGCUGUCCUCUUCCCAGUCGGACUAUUCUGGUUUGCUUGGACGGGAAAUUAUCCCGACAUCCAUUGGAUUGCCCCAACGCUUAGUGGAAUAAUGACUGGCGCGGGGAUCUUGACGAUUUUCUUACAAGCGUUAAACUACAUCAUCGACGCCUACCUAGUCGUAGCAGCUAGUGCGAUUGCCGCAAACACGUUCUUGAGAUCGUUUUUCGGAGCUGGCUUUCCGCUCUUCGCAACCCAAAUGUUCAACAAACUCGGUGUCGACUGGGCAGGCUCGCUCCUCGGCUUCCUCGGGAUAGCAUUCAUGCCCAUCCCGUUCCUGUUCUACAUCUACGGCGAGAGGCUGCGGAAGCAUUCGUCGUACGCGCCGACGGAUUUCGGGAAGAAGAAAGAUGAUGAGGAGAAUCAGGAUGGAACUAGCGGGGGAGUGGAGGAGAGGAAGGGAGGAGAGGAGGUUGGUGAGGAGAGCGGUGGGAGUAGUACGGCUCUUGAUGCAUGA